CGCGUGGGGGAAUAUCGUCGCGUGUUGCUGCUCACAACAGUCAUGGCUACCGUCGGUUUCUGUGGAGACUGGUUCAUUUUAACCUGCGACAAGAAGCUAGUAGCCGUUCACAUCAAACAGAGCAGGGAAGCAUUUGUGUUUGACUGCAGCACUGCUGAGAAGAAGCCCAAGAACACACAGGACAGCAACAGCAGUGAUGGCUGUGCCUCAGAGGAAACAGGAAGUGACAGAGUCCUUGCCUUCACUGUAUCUCCCUCUGGGAAGCUGCUGGCACUGACUGAUGACACCAAGAGGCUGGUUCUCUUUCACUGUGAGCCUUCAUGGAAGUGCAUCAGCAUCAGGUGGGUGGUGAGGAGGUGCACUUCCCUGGUGUUCAGCCAGGCUGAGGAUGAGCUGCUGGUGGCUGACAAGUCAGGAGACGUGUACUCCUUCUCAGUGGAGGAGCCGCAGAGGGAGGGCGAGCUGAAGAUGGGUCACCUGUCCAUGCUGCUGGCUGUAACCAUGUCACCUGACAACAGGUACAUCAUCACAGCCGACCGCGAUGAGAAGAUCAGAGUGAGCCACCUCAGGUCUCCAUACAACAUCCAGUCCUUCUGCUUGGGACACCAGCAGUUUGUCAGUGCCCUGCUGGUCCCAUCAGCUCAGUUCCACUGUCUGCUGUCUGGAUCAGGGGAUGGGACCGUGAAGCUGUGGGAGUAUGAGUCCGGCCGGAGGCUGCAAAGCUGGGACCUCAGAGAGCUUGAAGACACACGGAGCUCUGAUCCUGACGAAGAGAAGACGCCAACUGUGAGCCGCAUCACCUGUUCCCCUGAUGGAUGCCACAUCGCUGUGCAGUGUGAGAGAGUGUCCUCGGUUCAGUUCUUCUAUCUGCAGCGAGGGAGUGAAGACAGGCUGGUUCCACACAGCAGGCUGUCCCUGUCCCACUGUCCCCUGGACAUGACCUUUGACCCAGAGGGACGGCUCUGGGUGCUGAUGGACUCAGAUGAUGCUCCACUCCAAGUCUACACACACACACAUGGCUCCUGGCAGUGUGAAGCUGUGAGCCCUGAACUCAAAACUGUAACUGAAGCCCUGAGGCCACACUGGGAGACGCUUGAAGCCUCCACACGGAGCAGCAGCACCUCUGAGCAUCUGUACAAGUCCAGUUUCGACAAUGUGGCCGUGUACCUGCAGAAGAAGCAGCAGAGGCUGGAGGAGCAGCAGCUGAAGAGGACCAUGACACAGGAAGCAAAGAACAAGAAGAAGAAGAAGAUGUCAGGAGGCGGAGCUCUGUCAUCCGACUGAACAGACACUUUGAGAAAAACAGAUGUUUUCCUUUAUGUUGAUGAAUCUAAGUUGAACAUGUGCUCUGAUGAAGCACCUGGAGAGAGACUGUGCUUUACCACAUGAACUGUGCAGAUGUUGAUUUUUGUUGAUUUUGUUUUCCAGAUUUUUCCAGAAUAAACAUUGAACUAACAGAGUGAA